UUUGCUGGCAACCAAAUUUCUUUAUCCCUAUACUGAUACGAUUGCCAACUUAAAUAUAUUUACUAGUUCGUAAUAUAGUUAUAUAGUUGAAUCUAUUAAUAUAAAAUUUUUAGAUUAAGUCAGUAUGAUGAUGUGAGGUUAAAACGAAUGAUCGAAAUGAUGCGUAGUCGAAUAAAUGCCAUUUUAAGACAUUUUUAUAAACAAUCAACUUGGAAUUAUCGUUUGUGUUCAACAGUUCCACAAACAACGGAUGACAGGGAUCCUGCACCUUUAUUUUUCGAUCAACAUGUACAAGAAUUAUUAUUUACUUUAACACGUAUAAACUAUGAGAAAAUUUUCUCAAAACACAUAGAUGGAAAACCGCUGAAAAAUGCGCAAUAUAAAUUUAUGACUGAUAAGGAAUUACAAGAAGCAAGAUCACAAAUAAUAGUAAAAGCAAAAAAUCGGAUACAGAUGCCACCUGUAAUAAAAAUGAGAGUGGAUAAAUGUGAAAUACUAUCUAAAGAUCCUGCUUUGCAAGGUUUUGAAACGAGUAAUUUCAUAUUUACCGAUAUAUCUUUUGGAACCAAUAACAGGAAAAGAUUAAUCGUUGUUCGAGAUACAAAUGGUACAUUGAGACAUGCAAAUAACGAUGAGAGGCAUAGAAUGAACCAAAUUUAUUUCCCUAUAGAAGGUAGAGAAAUACAUACACCAGAGAUGUUCAACAAUCCAUACUUGAGUGAUCUAUUGGAUAGAAAAGAAUUUGAAUUUGUUCUGGAUCGAGCGUGCUUACAAUUUGAAUUGGAUGAUCCAAACUACCACAGAGUCACGAAAGAUGUAUACUCUUAUAUAAAUAAAUUUAAAAAAUUCGAUGCCUUGCGAUCUACAAGGCAUUUUGGUCCAUUAGCAUUUUAUCUUGUUUGGAACGAUGAUAUACACUCGUUAUUGAUGGAUGUAAUAGAAAGCGGAAACAUAGAAGAAGCAGGAGCUUUGAUACGACUUUAUCAUUUAGUUUAUCCCGAAAUUGAAUCUGCAAAAGAACCAAUAGAGGAUGAUGUAGAGUUAAUCAAAACGUAUGCAAGAUUGAACUCGCCGAAUCGAUACGAAUUAACGUGCGCUAUAGAAAAAUACGAAAAAUUGGAGGAGGAAAAACAGGAAAUAGAUAUAGGCAUAAAGAAAGCGCAUGGGCUAAUCAAAGAAUAAAAAUAGAAACCAAAAACCGAAAACAACCGUGAACAACCGUUCGAGUUCACCACUAGAUCAACCUCUGUUGCUUUUUAUUUUGUACAAAUUUUUUUCUAUUACGAAUAAAUAAAAUCGUCAUACAAUCAUAAUAUGCUUUCGAUGAUUAUUAAUCGAUUAUUUUAUUACGUGAUAGUUACUUACAAACAUUUACAAAUGUAACAAGUCAAUUCGAUUUGGCGUACAAGAUCGUCGGAAAACAUUAUAUAUCGAUUAUUGGCUAAUUGUUUUUUUGGAAAUAACUGAAUCGAUUCGGGUCCCGCUUUACGUCUCGCGGUCGAAAGGUGUGUGGCCAAUUUCACACCUAUCGAGGGAGGAAUUAUUGCCUGGUGGAUCGUGGAUUAUGGAUCGUGAAUCAUGGAAGAUAUGAAUAAUGAGAUGUGAUUUGAUUACGUAAAAUUACGUAAAACGCAUACUUUUGUCGGAAAAUAAAAAUCGACGAACAAAAGAGGAAGAGUGGAGAAAGGAAGAGGUUAUCAAACAAAAUAGUACGCGUUAAGAGAAAGCAGCUUUGUACAAAUUGCAAAUUAUGCGAUUGGAUAUUGCGUGUAAGUACCUACUGUUGUGAAUGGAACAAUAUACAAGUUCGAUUUCAAACAUUCGAACGAGAAGUGCUUGUUCGUUGGGAUUGUGUACCGUCUUGAUCGUUUAAUGCUUUGAUAAACACUCGCAACUGAAUACUGUAAUCGAUCGUUAUUAUCCAUAUCUUACUCAUAUUAUUCUUAUCGUUAUAUGUAUAUUAAUAAUUAUUACUUCCAUAUAGAUGUAUUUCAUGGUGUAUAGAAAAUAAAUAAGAACACGAUUA